GGGGAAAAAACGCGAAGAGACGCGACAGGUAAGCUAGAAUUUUAUUUCACUUUGUUUACAUUUACAAAAUUAGUACAAUAGUCGCUAACCCGCGCAACAGAUUAUAGCUAACCGCAAGCAGCCGGUUUUGCUUAGGCCUAAAACAGUAUUUUUAAGCUUUUUUAAACUAGCGGACAGGUCUAAAUCGCUAUUAUUUUAAGCAGUUUUAAGCCUGCGCUCAGUUUAAAAAUACGGUAAAUGCGCCCAAAAUUAUGAAAUUUCGUGUCGGUUUUCCGUAAUUUAGACCUAACACUCGUAAAAUUAUUCUAAGUCUCCAAGAAAUCGUUCUGUUUUUGCGUAUUUUAGAUAGAAAAUUCGAAAAAAAGUCUAAAAGUAUGUGACACUUAGAAAAAAAUGGUAAAAUUUCGAGUUAUUCAAAUCAGAUAAGUCUCAAAGGAGCGCUAUUGUUUUCGCUAUUUGGUUAAACAAAGAACUGUAUGCAUAAUAAAUGUAUGGGGUUAUACGGAAAUGUUGCCAUAAAAGAAUCAAUUUUGAGGCACGCGUAAUCGUAUAAAAAUUUCUUUGCUUUUUUAUUCCCCUUCAAACCCAAGUCAAGCGUAUCUCCGUAAAACCAAAACCCAAACGAAUUACUUAUCAAUUAGACUACUCAGCCAAUUUCACAAAACCAAAAUUGAACGCAAUCGCCUGAAUAGUUUCUAUACUUGAGUUGCCUUUUGCCUAUAUGUGUCAGAACCCCCCUCAGAACGAGUCUUCGCGCGGAACCAUUCAUAUGAAAAUGCGUUUCAUCUCAGUGCACGUUCAUUUUCAUGCAAAUAAAACUCGUUUUCAUAAGAGGACCCGUUUUAAAUAAGGGACGUCGGACCAUUAGAUAAGUGAUGGGGGUGGGGAAAAUAAUAAUAAUAAAAAAAACUUAUGCAAGGGAGGAUGUCCAGAAAAAAAAAAGUCGUGCAAAGAAGACGUUAAGAGAAAAAAAUCCCUGCAGAAUGAAUUGCACAGACGAAGUGAAGGGCACCUACAGCAGUUUUCUUGGUCCUGCUGGAAUCCCCAUUUCCCUUUCCAUUUUAGCGGAUAAGUCACACGAUCGCGUGUAUACAGUUUGCUCAUGUACAGUGAUUUGAAUCAUUAACAGAUGGGUUAUGUAUUUGUAAAAAAACUGGAAAUACGAAAAGUGCUCCCUGUGCUGUAGCGGCGGGGACGGGUGGCGGGGAGGAGAGGACGUAAAGGAGAAAUAUCCCACAAUGCCUAUCGAGCGUUCAAACUUAACCACGUGCUACAAUACAAAGUUCGAACCAGACAUUAGAGAAGGAAUUUUGACCACGAUUCUCAACUUCUUGAUCACGGAAAAAGAAUGGAGUGUAGAGAUAUCAAGAAGCUGCCACAUUGUAUGCAUAUUGUUUACACAUAGAUGUGAGGCAGUUUUGGGAAUAUUGGAAAAUACGUCGGUGAGAGAGCAAAGGUACAAUGCCCAGAAAGCUCUAGAAAGUAUUUGGAAUUAUUCUGGUGAGGAAGAAGAUUUCGAUAGCGAUGAAAACGAUGAUGAAUCAUAUGAGUUGGCAAGUGAGGACAAAAGUGGCCAGUCUGAAGAUGCAUCUUCAUCUAACGAAGACAAUAUUGCUCAGGAUUCUGCAGAAAGCAGAGACGAUGAAGCUUCCAAUGAAGGAGAUGGUAGGAAUCCUGUGAACCGUGUAGGGCAAAGACUGGCAAGGCAACAACAAGCUCCCCUUGUUUGGUGAAUCGCACAUGGAACAACACCACGUGGUAUCCCAUUCAUAGGAAAUUCUGGUAUACAAGUAUAGAUGGUAGGGUUUGAACCUCAUGAUGACUUUGCCCUUUUCAUCAAUGCUGACUUGCUCAAUUGUUUUGUAGCGGAAACUUAUCGCUAUGCAGACAAAUUUAUAUUUGUACCCCCAAAAUUUUACUAAUUUAUGCUAAUUUUUAUAUUCAGUUGACAUCAUCAGGUAUCAAAUUUCAAAAGUCAAUAACUGCUCAAGCUCAAAAUAAAAGUUUUUUAUAUCAGUUUCAGAAAAUCUAUACCUUUCUAAGGCUAGGUUCUUUUGUUAAAGAGUUAAUUACAUUUGAUUCAAAGCAACUUUAAAUACCUCAAAAAGAGGAAAAUAGGCUUGGCACAGGGGGUAACAUGGGGGCUAGCAGUGAAGGGGUUAAUAGAGUUUCACUUUGUGUGUGAGAUUUCAGUACAGUAUUAAAAUCAUAACACUUGUAAAAUGAUGGAAAUGCUAUUUAAGAACAAGUGAAUAUGAAUAUUGUGGCAAAUUAAAGGAAUAAAGAAUGUCAAAGUUUCAGCCUUGAACAUUAAAAUUUUAUCAAGACAAAUGAACAGUUUCUCUCUAGGUCUUAUUCUCUUUUUCCUCUCCUAAUUUCUUGACCCCAUGAAGAGUCUGCUUGCAGGCUAUAAGUUUGCAUUUAGCUACGAAAUCAACACUGAUUGAUCAUUGUGUCUUGAAUAUUGCAUGUUAUUUACAUUUAAUAUUUACCUUAUGCAUGAAGUGAAAAGGCAAUGACGGCUUCAAAUUCUAAUUUUUCGAACACCAUUUGCAUACGUGUCGCUUGAAUCAAAUUAGAAUACAUCAUGGAAUGCUCUCAAAUCAAUAUAUUGUUUUCUAUUAUUCUGAACAGUUUAUUGCGAAUGUUACUCCAUGUUUUCUAUGAGCCGUACAGUUCUAAUUUGGCUUGCUAUGUAUGGCUUUGCUCGUUCUUAAAGAUGAAUGCUAGUUUCUUGAGAUGCUGCUGUCUGAUCUGGAAGCGUAAACAACAUACAUUUGAGACAUUUGGUCAGAUCAAGUAAGUUGCAGGGUAAACAAUAAGUCCUUCCUCAAGCGUUUGAAACACUUGUUCAGGUUUAAAUAUUUCAAAUCGAAGCAAUGCAAAAAUAACUUAAGCUCAAAACAACGAAAUCCAAGUUUAUAAUAACUAAACAAGAGGUUAUUUCGACGGUUUUUUAUUAAAUAUACACCUUCAAAUUUUCCUUGAACACAUGCAGUCCACCUAACAUGCACUACAAAUAAAAAUGAAUGUGUUGCGCUAUGGUCUAAAGGCGGUGAAAUACAAGAAACAAAAACACAUAUCUCGUAUAUCGCCUCUUAAUGGUGGCGAUGAUAUGUUCGAUACAAAAACUCUCAACUUGGCUGAUGUUUCAAGUUUUUCACCUUGCGUGAUCAACUUUAAUUUGUUGUUGUGUAUAGUAGAGAGUGGGUCUACUUUGAGCAACAAAUUUUGGCUUUGCUGCUCGUUCAUCAGUCACAACUUGUCAUGCAUAAAAUUUGCUCACAUUUCGCGACAAGUUGAGGGUUUGUGUAUCUUGUGAAGCUGUCUCGGAGCUUACCGCAUGAGGCCUUCCAUGUUGUGAAAAAAUCAACCUUAAAUCCAGAUAAAAAACAAUGGGAGCCACCAUUGGCUACAAUGUAAUUACCUGUAGCCAAUAACAACUUGCGUUACAAUUUGCGACCACCAUGAAGAAAAAAAAAGAACAAAGCGACCCAAUUUCUAAUGCGGAUUGCUUUGCAUCUGCGUAAUAACAAAUAAAAGCCUUCUCUAAGGGAGGGAGGGUGGGAAAUUUAAAGCUAAGUUGUUACAAACUGUGUACUCUCGUACAAGCUACCAGGAUAAUGCCCUCUGACAAUGCAUUGAGGUUUAUAUAGCAAGACAGUGUCUCAAAGUUCGACCAAUAGGUACAGCUGUACUAUGAACUAAAUAGAUGCAACGUGACGAGCUUGUUAGCAAUGAAUGGAGCUAAGAAAUAUAUUGGCCAAUUUAGGAGAAGCUAAGAUAUUUUGCUAGAUUAUAGCGGGAGAUAGAAGCUAAAUUACAGACACGAAUAGUGUUUGUGCUAACUGUUAGAAUAAGAGAACGUUCAUUCAUGAAUUGAGCAUUCAGUUUUGUACUAUUGUUUAUCCUAUUGGAUUGCAUGACGACUGUAAACAGCCUAACCCUCAAGGGGUGUCAUGUUCCAUUAACUGCGUUUUACCAACCGGUAAAAGCAGUAUUAAAUAUGUAUUUGAGAAAAACCUGGUCGCAGUGCUGCUAAAAAUUAAGUGGAAUAGCCAUUGGUAAGUGACAGGUCCAAGGGACAUUCAAAAGGGAAGGGGGGAAUUUUGGUCCUUACAGAAAUUUGCAACUGUAAAGUAGGGUGAGGGGUUGCGUUAUUAGAACUUGAUCUAGCUUUGUAUGUUGCAGAGCAAUUAACAGAGUGACAUAAUUUCAUCAUAGACACUAGUAAGAAUUAUAGAGAGAUAGAUAGACACAACAUCACCAUAAGGGAGCAAAAUGCACCUGAUUUUUCAUCUUUGCACCCUUACGCCCCUCAGACUGAACUUUGGCUUUCAUAUUUUGAACAUCUUGACAGGCACAUGCGCCUUUACCUAUCCGUUAGAUUCGGGUAUAUAAUUGUUUAUUUCUUCAAUGGCGAGUCACACUGAGGAAAAGCAAGGUCCGAAAUGUCUGCUAUAUAAUUGAGUUAAUUUUUUUUUAUUUUGUAUUCAUUUGUUACUUUUUAUAACUUUUGAACUGUUUACAGUGCCAUGCAGCCACAGAUCCUUUUGGAUUACCAAUGUUUAUUGGAUAUAUGUGAAUGAUAUUCUUAGUAUGCAAGAAACUUUUUGGCAGUGGUCAGGUGCAUGAUUUUUUGGGGGUGCAAUUAUCAGCUUGCAGGAUUUUUUUUUCAAAAUCACACCCCCUCCCGUUCAAAAGUCAAAUGGUCGUCCCAUGCACGACACACAAGUUUGCAACAUGAUGCGAGAGGAACUGGCUCUAAGAAUACAAAAAGGUGGCUAGAUAACACAGAGAAACACAGCAAGUCUUUUGGCCUAUUUUGAGAGGAUUUUUAAUCUUCAAAUGGUAAAAGCUUCAAUUUACUGUAAAUUUUUUUUUUUAUGAUCCAAGUUGAUCCAAGUUGAUCUGACCCAGACUGGCGAUCUGAGUUGAACCAGCCCAACUUUUUUACCUGCUGUAUCUGAGCUAUAUUAUAUAAUAAUAAUAAUAAUAAUAAUAA